GGAAGCUCGACAUAGACGGUAGCGUUUUUUGGUUGGCAUCCUCAUCUUCCUCAUCAUGCCUUUCAAGGCCGAGUGGACCGGCAAGGAACUCGCUUCCGCCCUUUGCGAUGGCCUGGUUGCUGAUGGGAAGCUCAAGGAGAAGCCCGCUUUCAUCCGCACCGACCGUGAAGCGAAGAUUGCAGAGCUGUUCGCCAGCAUCGGGCUGGAUGGUGCGAAGAUGGCAACCUUCGACAAUCCGGGGCCUUUGGAGGUUUGCAUUCGCAAGGUCACAGAGGGAGAGGCAUGGGUGGACGAUGUUGUCGCUGGGCUGAUCAAUAUGCUACCUGAAUCUGCUGCUCAUGCAGAAAAACACGUGGAGAUGGAUCAAGAGACCAAGAAACAGCUCGCCGAAGCGCAUGAGCUGACAUUGCACAGGCAACAAGACAAGGGCAAGCGCAAAGGAGGAGGUCGUGGCAAGGGCAAGUGGACGGAUGGCAAGUGGGCGGACGAGGGUUGCUACCAUUGCGGCGGUCAAGGCCACUUCGCCAGAGAUUGUCCUGACAAAGGAAGUGGCAAAGGGAAGGACUGGGGCGACAAGGGUGGAGGCAAAGGCUAUGGCGGUGGAGGUGGCAAGCGAGGAAAGGAUGAAAGCUGCUUCAGCUGUGGUGGCUCUGGUCACUUCGCUCGUGAUUGCCCAGAGGAUCGCGGCAAAGGCCACAAAUAAGGUCCAUCUUGUGGAGUUCGCACAGUGACGUUGAUUCCCAAGGUCCUGGACUGACUAUGACAGUAACAGAUUCCAUCACCACAGCCAAUGAUUUUGAGCGAAAACCAAAAAGAACAACACAUCAUUUGCGUAUGCGAUUCGUGA